CAGGCGCGGCCUCACUGACAGCUUGGAACAAUGUGGCUCACUGUGGCCUUUAUUUGUGUGGCUUUGCUAGCUUUGGUUCUUAAAUAUGUCUUCACUAGUCCUGGACUCAACCCUUUUGAGGUGGACAGCCGCCAAGCACUCAAACCGAUGGUGCUCAACCGCAAAGAGAAGAACAAAGUGCUGAAACAAGGCUUCCUGGCCAGUAGAGUACCGGAGGACUUGGACGCCAUCGUGGUCGGCAGUGGCAUCGGCGGGCUGGCGCUCGCUGCACUGCUGGCCAAAGUGGGCAAGAAAGUUCUGGUCCUGGAGCAGCACGAUCGGGCCGGUGGAUGCUGCCACACGUUCACAGAGCAGGGCUUUGAGUUUGAUGUCGGAAUUCACUACAUCGGUGAAAUGCAGAGCCACAAGCCGUACCGCUGCAUCCUGGACCAGAUCACAGAGGGGCAGCUGCAGUGGGAGCCACUGGAGAACCCUUUUGACCACGUGGUGUUGGGACCGCCUGAAAACCGCCGCUGCUAUCCCAUCUACAGCGGCAGAACCCGCUUCCCCGAGGAGCUGAAGAAAUGUUUCCCCGGCGAGGAGAAGGCCAUUGACCAGUAUAUGAGGCUGGUCAAGACCACAGCACGCAGCGUUUGGCACAUGGUGCUGCUGAAGAUUUUCCCCGCCCCUUUAGCUAAGCUCCUGGUCUACAGCGGCUUGCUCAAAAGUCUGUCACCCUUCUACAAAAUGGCGCCACACAGCCUGACCGAAAUUGUCAGCGAACUGACGGAGAACAAGGACCUCAGGGCCGUCUUCUCCUACUGCUUCGGCACCUACGGAAACAUGCCCAAAGAAUCCAGUUUCAGCAUGCACUCUUUGCUGGUAAACCACUACCUGAACGGAGCAUGGUACCCGAAAGGCGGAGCCAGUGAGAUCGCCUACCACAUCAUCCCCGUCAUCGAGAAGGCAGGGGGCGCCGUUCUGGUCCGUGCGCCUGUCAACCGCAUCCUGUUCAAUGACUCUAAGGAAGCUUGUGGUGUGAGCGUCAUGAAGAACCAGGAGGAAAUACAUAUCCGCGCCCCCAUGGUCAUCUCCAAUGCUGGCAUCUUCAACACGUACCAGAAGCUGCUGCCCAAAGAGCUGCAGGCUACACCGGCUAUCCAGACGCAGCUGAGUAUGAUGAAGCACGGUGACGGCGGCCUCAGCAUUUUCGUGGGCCUCAACGGCACCAAGGAGGAGUUGAGCCUGAAAGCCAACAACUACUGGAUCUUUCGCGAGAACAAUUUAGAUGAACUGGUGGAAAACUACACAAAUGCAGGCAGAGAGGAAGCUUCUAGAAACUUACCCAUCCUGUUUGUCGCCUCUCCGUCUGCUAAAGAUCCGACCUGGGAGGAGCGGUCCCCAGGCAAGUCCACUCUGAGUCUGGUCAGCUUCGCCAGCUACAAGUGGUUUGAGGAGUGGAAGGACGACAAAGUCACCAACAGGGCAUCCGAGUACAAGGAGCUGAAGGAGGCUUUCAUCGAGAGCGCCCUGGAGGUCGUCCUGGACGUCUUUCCCAAAGUCACCAGAGACAAGAUUGAAUACAUCGACGCCGGGACCCCCAUCACCAACACGCACUACAUCGCUGCACCCAAGGGAGAGAUCUACGGCGCAGACCACGGCUUGGAGCGCUUCAGACCGGAGCUCGGCGCCAUCUUGAGGCCUCAGACGCCGCUGAAGAACCUCUACCUGACAGGCCAGGACGUGUUUGUGUGCGGCUUCGCCGGCGCCUUGACUGGCGCGCUGACCUGCGCCUCGACCAUCCUCAAGCGCAACCUGCACCUGGACGCCGUGGCGCUGGCCAAGAGGACCAAUUAUGUGGACUCCAAACUGAAGCAGGAGUAACCAGGAUUGUGACGACUGCAAAGUGAGGAGUCGUGUGUAAGGCGGUGCAAUCUUUGAGUUUUACAGCUAAGCUAACAUAGCUACUGUUGUGUGCGCUCAAACUCGAGACGUCAUAGUUUUCCAGGCCAACAGCCCCCAAACUGAUAGAGAAAUGGAUCUGAGACCCCAAAAUGACUUUUGUAUCUCGUAAAAAAUGUGUUCUAAAUUAAACUGGUCCUAAAGGUA